UUAAUGCAUUUAUUAUUUUUAUGAAAAGUAAAGCAGCUGUAAGCCUGAACUUUUACAAAACAAGGACUGUUGGCAACAAGGUUCCCACUCACAUAACAAACAGGCGACGGAGGAGAACCCAGAACAAAAGAAGAUUCUUACAUUUAUACCUUUUAAUUUCCAUACAGAACAGUGAAACCGAGAUGCUUGACGAGGGAUUAAACAGGUAAGUGGUAAGUCGGAAGAGGCAAAUUCCUGAUAAUCGUUGUUUGACAACACUUGGUUCGUGUUAUUGUUUGGCAGGCAGUGUACACCAGGGUGGAGUAAGCAGGGGCAGAGCAAGGUGGGUGCGGUGGGCGCGGGCCGCCCCAUGCGCCAUCAUGGGGGGGGUGACAAAGCGCCUGGUGGGAAGCACAGCCUGUCCCCUAGAGGUCCCGCCCCCUCCCCAAAACAACACCCCCAGUGCGGACCGGCGCUACAGGGCCUCCCUCCCUCUCCCCCCAAGCAGCCCACCCUCUUAACACUCCCCACUGCUGCCCCAAAUCGCAGAUGACUUCGUGUCAGCAUCCCCAAGCCCUCACUCCCAGUGGCGUAGUAAGGUCAGGUGGUACAACAGCAGGGAAUGCAAGAGAAUGGGCUGCUCGGGGGGGGGGGGAGAGAAGCCCCACAGCGCCAACCCGCACCAAAGGUGCCACCCUGGGGAGGGGAGCGGCCGACCCCUCCCCCCCCCAGCUCCGGCGCCCGCCUGCUUCGUCUUGCCCAGUCCAUGGAGAGGCGGCCAGCUGCGAGCGCCCCUGGAUCACUCCCAGCUCCGCCAGCCGGCACCCACUGCACCCACCAUCCCUGUCCUGGGGGCACCCAGAAGGCUAGUGGCAGGGGGAGUAGAGGCGUUUCCUCAUCCUCAAAGUGCCUCUGGAUGCACGCAGCUGCUGUGUUGGCGAAUCCUCAGCCGCAUGCCGAACAGCCUCCUCUCUGCUUGCACCCCGCUGGUGCUGGGUUCAGAUGGUGGCGCUUUUUUGAAGACCUUCCAGACGCAGGAGACGAGGGAACGGGGGCCAAGGCACAAGGGGGUCCUCUGAAUAUUCUUUUUCACACUGGCCUCAUUCACUCUGGGCUCCAGGUCUUCUUUGUUGUCGCCAGACGGGGCCCACAGACCCUUUGCAGCAUCUGCAAGUGAAUUAUUGUGGGGUGGCCUUUGGCUGCUAUUAUCUUCUGGGAUGCCAGGCUGCUCUUGUGGAGACCCCAUUUCCUCUUUCUUUUCCUGCAGCUGCUUCGCCUCCUGGGUCGUGGGACAGAGAGCCCUGGUCUUGUUCAUCUGCCCAUUGAAGGUGUUUUUUUCCCUUUUUUUUUGCACUUCCAUGCUUGGAGGGCUGCUGGGGGGUACUUCUCCUGGCAUCCCCAGCAGCCUCCAUGCUGUCAGUGUCACAAACGUGGAUGGCCUUCUUCCCUCAGCUGGGCAGAGUGUGCUGGUUCUGGUUCUGCAGCUGGGACUUCAGCUCCCCUCCUGCGGCCUUCUCCUUCUCCAAGCCCACUCGAUUUGCCCUCUUUUGGGGGCCACUUCCGGCCCACGUUGGCUGCUGUGAGAGGCGACGGAGGCCUGUGGUGGGGUCCCUGCCCCUUUGUGGGGGGAUCUUCCUGCCUGGUUGGGGGUCCCCACUCUCUCUGUCCUCCGGGCACCCGGGGGGCUAGUAGCAGGGGAACUCCUCGCCGGUCCCAUUGCAGGGGAAGUAGCCCGUGGAAAGGCCUGAGCCACUCAGGGGUGUUUCCUCAUCAUGGGCAUCGCCCGGGUAGUAAGCCUUGUGAUCUGCUGCGGCACUUUCCGGGCGCUCUGGCUCGGUAGCGUCAGAAGGGAGGCCCUCAUUCACUCUGGGCUCCAGGUGUUCUUCUCUGUUGUCGCCAGACAGGGGCCACAGCCCCUCCGCAGGUGAAUUAUUGUGGGGCGGCCCUUGGCUGCUAUUCUCAUCUGGGAUGGUGCCAGGCUGCUCUUGACGCGCAGCGUAAAUUAAUAAGUGAAAGAAUAAGAGCUUUAAUGAGCUCACAACUGAGGCAGACUGAGAACACAGAGAGAAAAUGGCUGCCACUUAUAAGGUGGCACAUAUAAAGACACUUAUAUGUGUCUUUGUCACAUGACAGCUCUUGUAGAGACCCCUCUUCCUCUUCCUCUUCCUGCAGCCAUUCAGGACUUAGUAGAUCUGUACAACGUGGUCUCAGGUCUCCUUCUUGCUUUCGCCUUCCUCCUCCGGGAGCUGCCUGUUGGUCCUCUCGCCAUUUCCCCAGCCGUUAAUCUUCAGACUUUGCUGAUUGUCACUCCCGCUGUCUAAUAUGUCGUGAUUUUAAAAAUAAAUUUAGGCACCAGUUUUCCCGAUUCUGUCGCGGCUAAGCCACCCAAGGGCUGUUGAGCCAAGGCUGGGAAUCAACUGCCAAGUGAGGUUGGGAUUCUGCGCUGAUGUCAUAGACUGGUUCUGAUCAGUCCAUUUCCUCUAAGGGGGGGACCUGUUUCCCCUGAGGGUGACUGCUUAACACACCACCCAAGAGAAAAAGGAGAAAAGCGGAGAAAUCUUUUAGUUCUGUAGCAAGAAAGAAUGAGUGCCAGGAGUUUUCUUUCCCCUGCCCUCCUCCACUGCAACACCUUUUCAUCAUCAUCAUCAUCAUCAUUAUUAAAGUUUUCUUGGUUUACAAAGGUAUGCGCAAUGUCUCUUUUUUUCAAGUUACAUUUUCCAUAGGUCAGUUUCAUUUGUUGAGACAUUAGGGUUACAUUAGGAAGAAAAGGGGGGAAGAGGUGGAGUGGGGUGGGGUCAGGAGGCGAGGUUUCUAUUUUGCUUCGUGUAUGUGUGGGGUUUUGUGUCAGCAUCACUUGUGUGGGUUCUCUUUACUAUUUGUGUUCCUUUGGUGGUGAGAAAAAUUGGGGUUGGCCUAGGGUGCGGUUGCUUGUUUGUGAUUGGCUGUGGUGAGCUUUGUUUUCGUGGGGUGGGUGGGUGUUUUUGAAUCGGGUUAAGCCAUAUUGAUUUGCAUGCUGUUGGCGCUGUGGCAUUUGCCCAAUCUUUGGGGAUACGUUUGUACUGGGGGGAGAAAGGGUUAAUAGGUUGACCAGUAAGAAAGCCAUUUUUGUGAGUUAGUUCGUUGGUUCUUUUUUUGGGGGGGGAGAUAGAGGAGUCAGAGUCAGUUAGAGACAGGGACAAGACUGAGGGGGAGUAGAGUGACAGAGUUUUGAAUAUAUUUUAAAACUUGUUUGUGUUUGAAAUAAACUUUAAUCUUCAUUGUUAACUCUGCCUGACUGAGACUCAAUACUUCACCAGGGAACCCUGGGUUUUCCCCCACAAAAUUGGUGUAAGCGGAAGGAUAAAGUAGUGGUGUACAGGUCAAUAGUCCGUGAAACAACCGGGGUCUCUACGAACGCCACAGGCGGGUUCUUGUCAUUGUCUUCUUGUGCUGUGUAUGUGAUAAAGGGGAGCCAUACAGGGGUGAAGGUAUCUUCUUCUAUUUGUUCCUGUGUCAGUUUCAGUUUAUUGGUUAAUUAUUCUAGUCGGGCUGUUUCCCAUACUAUUUGGUACCAUUGGUUCAUGUUUACUCCUGACAGGUCUCUCCAGUGUUUGGCUAUAAUGCUUUUGGCUGCUGAAAGUAGGCGGGUUAUGAGUUCUUUGUGAUGUGAGUGGGCAUUAUUGUCUUGGAAUAUGUUUAGUAGAGCUGGGGUGUUCCUAAUACUUGCUUAAUUAUUUGACAUAUUUUUAUAAUUAUUAUUAUUAUUAUUAUUUAUUAUUUAUACCCCAUCCAUCUGGCUGGGCCUCCCCAGCCACUCUGGGCAGUUUCCAACAAAACAUUAAAAUACAGUAAUCCAUCAAACAUUAAAAGCAUCCCUAAACAGGGCUGCCUUCAGAUGCCUUCUAAAAGUCUGGUAGUUGUUGUUCUCUUUGACAUCUGGUGGGAGGGUGUUCCACAGGGCAGGUGCCACUACCGAGAAGGCCCUCUGCCUGGUUCCCUGUAACUUGGCUUCUCGCAUGACUGUUGUCCAGAAUAGUUGGAUUUUGGGGCAUUCCUACCACAUGUGGAGGUAUGUGCCCGUGGAGGUGCUCCCUCUCCAGCAUUUUGGUGAGGUUCCUGGGCAUAUUAGCGCUAAUUUCCUUGGUGUUAGUUACCACCUGUAGGUGAGUUUCAGAGAGUUCUCUCCUUCUCGUUGAUAUGGAUUUAAAGGAGGGUUUAGACCACAUUCCGGUCCACUGAAUGGAGUUAAUCUCAUAGCCUAUGUCACCUUCCCAUAUUUUUUUUAUUAUGUCUAGGGGGUUCGUGGGGUUUUGGAGUAAUAUUUUGUAUAUUGCGGAUACCAUCCCUUUGCCAUGUCCCUUUGUUGUUAGGAGGUUUUCGAAGGUUGUCAGGGGCCUAGUUGCUGUUGAUUUUACUACUGGGUUGUUUAAGAGGACAUGUAAUUGGUGGUAUGUUAACCAGGGCAAUUGGGUGUCCUCUAGUUUGUCUUGUAUUUCUUGUGUUGACAAGGGUUUGUUAUUUUUAUAGAAGUCUGUUAGGUGAUAUAGGCCUUUGGUUUGCCAGGUUUUUAUUUGGAGGUUUUGUGUUGCGUGAUGGAAUAAUGGGUGGUAUGUGGAUUAGUGGGGAUGGUGCUGGGGACACUUUGCCUAUUUCUGUUUUCCAUGCUUUGAGCAUGGUCUGUGUGUACCUGGUGAGUGUUGUGGGAAUUUUCCUUAGUUUCUUUGGAAGGAAUGGGUAUGCUGUGGUGCAGGUAUUUUCAAUUGUGUCCCUCUCUAGGUGUAUCCAUUGUUUUGUCUCAUCUUCUAGUAUAUAUGGGAUUAUGUGGUGCAUUUGGUUGGCAAUGUAAUAUGCUUCUAUGUUGGGGAUUCCCCAUCCUCCAUCUGAGGAGGGGAGAUGCAGAUACAGUGGUGCCUCGCAAGACGAAAUUAAUUCGUUCCGCGAGUUUUUUCGUCUUGCGAUUUUUUUCGUCUUGCGAAGCACGGUGUCGGAAAAGUUUUGGAAAAGCUUCAAAAAUCACCAAAGUCUUCAAAAACCUCAAAAAAGGCUACCACACCGCGUGCUAUGAGUUGCUCCUCGAAGUCAAGUCGCAACUGUAUUAACGGUUUUAAGAAAAAGGAAACAAACUUGCAAGACGUUUCCGUCUUGCGAAGCAAGCCCAUAGGGAAAAUCGUCUUGCGAAGCAACUCAAAAAACCAAAAACCCUUUCGUUUUGCGAGUUUUCCGUCUUGCGAGGUACCACUGUAUUUGGGGGUUAUUCUUGGUUUUUUGUGUGAGAAGAUAAAUAAGUGUAGUUUUUUCUGCCAUUUUCAGAGUUGGGUUGGGGGAUCCAGAUUGGGAGGGUUUGGAAUAGGUAGGUUAGUUUUGGGAGGGUGAUCAUUUUGAUCAUGGCUAUUUUGUCUGAGAGUGAAGUUCAUGUUGUUCUAUCUCUUUAGGUCUUUGUUAAUUUGCCCCCACAAGGGGUUGCAGUUGUUCUCUAGAGCUUCCACUUUGGAGGUUAGAUCGUUGAUUAAUAUCUGCAGGGGAGCCACUGUGGCCUUCAGUAUUUCUGCUAAUCACAUUUCCAUUUCCCUCAGAUCUCAUUUCUUUGUUGGGUGGUCUUCAUCUUGAAGGGGUGCUGUGGUCUCAGCGCUGUUUGCCAUCUCCCUGGUUGGUGUCACCUCGCUCUCCCAUAUGGUUUUGGUUUGGGAUCUGCUUGGCGUCCUUUUGGAGUGGGGUGUGUUAUGGUUGGGAGUUGUGCUGAUGAUGGUUCCUGGGUGUUGUUGGGUUGCUGAGCUGGACAGGCAUUGUUGACUGAUGGCUUCUACAGAGCGUUGGAAUUAGGCGGUCAUUUUUGUCGCAUCUGGGCUGUGUUUUAAGGGCUUCUCUGGGGUUUUCCUAGAUGCCUCAGUGGCGUUAUCGAAGCAGGGAAUAGACAAGUAGACAGACAAGUGGACUAACAGACAAACAGUUAAUAUAAAAGGGGUAACAGGCUGAGAUGUAAGAGACCGGGGGUGGGGCCAGGGGGAAGAUGGGGGGGGGGGUUAUUUGUGGAUAUCCCUGUGAUGUAUAUGAUUUUCUAAAGAACUUUCUAAUUAUUAGCAUCCGCCAAAUUCACAAAUGAUAAACUGAUCAUUUGUUCUGGGAGGAAGGGAGAAGGGAAGGGGAACAGGAGAAGUUAUGUGCUAUGUUUAUAAUCUGCUGAAAACCAAUAAAAGUUAACACACCGAUACAGUAUAGAUGUGACAUUUUAAAUGCAACCUGGUACGGUACAUACUAACCUGUCUACAGUACAGAAUUGCAUGAAGGAUUAUUAGAUGGGGGAAAAGUCCUGGAUCUGCAGUUGUUGACAUGGGAAUUAUUUAUUACUUUUUUGUAAAUUAUCUUUAUUGAGUUUUCUUACACUUAGAAAAUUGAACCCCGUCACACAUUGAGUAGCAAGCAAUUAUAAAUCACAAUAACUGAUUCCAAAAUACAGUGGUACCUUGGGUUACAUACGCUUCAGGUUACAUACGCUUCAGGUUACAUACGCUUCAGGUUACAAACUCCGCUAACCCAAAAAUAUUACCUCGGGUUAAGAACUUUGCUUCAGGAUGAGAACAGAAAUCGUGCUCCAGCGGCACAGCGGCAGCAGGAGGCCCCAUUAGCUAAAGUGGUGCUUCAGGUUAAGAACAGUUUCAGGUUAAGAACAGACCUCCGGAAUGAAUUAAGUACUUAACCCGAGGUACCACUGUAUAACCAUAGGGCUGUGAGUUUGUAGAGGCGUCUAGCCUUUUAGCAACAGGUUGUGGAAAGUGAACCGUUUCUAUUCCUGGAAAAGUGGAAGGGCACAUGUUUUAAGUGUUGCGCUGUUAAGGUUUGUGUAGUUUGCUGCCUUCCCAGCUGUGUGAUGUCAUUUAGCCCAAAGUCAAACAUUAUGAAGUCAGCAGUGAGGUCAAUGCACUCUCAGUGGGAGGUGACCCUUCCAGUGCCUUUGAUUUCCAUUUCAUUUCUGUGGGACACAGCAAAGUAAUUGCGAUAUUGGAGGAAAAAGGAAUAAAGGCACAACGGAGAGAAAAGCAACCCAAGAGAACAUAGCAGAAGAGAAUGAUAUAACCAAAGCUCCGAUAGAUAUCUUAAAGUGGCGCUUUGUGAUUAACUUGUGGAGCUCAGUGAAAAAUACCGCCUGUCUGUGUUUGAGGAAGGGAAUCUCUCUGAAUAAAAGUGAAGGAAAUUAGUAUUUCUAAUUUCUAAAUUCUAUUAGUAUGGCUGGGAAUCAGAGGACUGGCGGUUCUCUUCUUUGCUUAGGAAAAUGCCAUAAUGUGGUAAGAAGCACAGUUAAAAGUGCUACUUUUGCUGUAGGCACUUUUUAUUAUUAAGGUAACUGUAGAGAUUUUUGAAAUAGCAAGUGGUCUAUAAAUGCUUUUAAGUAAAAACAAAUAUUUUCCUCAAUCUAAUUUUGAAAGAUCUUCGUUUUUAUUAAUGCAAAAUAACUGCCAUGCAGUCAAGGUGCCCAAAGUGUCGCACUCCUUCAUUUUGAAAAAUACCAGUAUUCCCAAGUUACGAGGAAACAGCAAGGUUUGCAGGACUAGGUGCGUGUAAAGAUUGGGGAGUUUUUAAUAGGUCACAAAAUGUCCUGACCUUAACACCUUAAGUUAUUCAGGUAACCCGGUCCCUUGUCAGUUGGUUGCCAAGGCGACCGCUCCAGUUUUCACAGCUCCAACAUUCCAAAAAGAGGCAGACACGGCCCUUCCGGAUCAGAUGGAGGUCUUUCAGUCACAGGUUGUUUUUAUUCCACAUUCAGUAAAUUUUGGAUACCUGGGGAGAGGAAGAUUAGCUUUAGAGGUAGUAUAUAGGAGUUGCCUGGUAAUAAUACAGCUGGUGGGAGGAUUAAUUAUGUCUAGAGACUUUGUUUGGAUCAUUAUUUGACACCUGCAUUUCUUUCAGUGCACUUAGAACAUCAUACAUGUAUAGAGGUUUAUUAUCAUGUAUCACUAACAGAUGCCUCCAGUCCCAGAGUUAAAAGUAUAUAAAGUGUCAAAGAAAAUAAAGGUUUUAUUCAUUCAGGAGGCACAAACUGUUACACGCUUCCAAAUGCUCAUUAAAUUAAAAUUCACUUAAUGGAAGGGAAUUAGUACCCAAGCCUUGCUAUAGAUGCUGUAGAUUCAGAUAUCCAAACAGUUGGACCUGCAUAUAAUACUUGUAAACAAAUAAGCAGCCUUAAACCAGCCUUACUUCUUUUGUGUUUUGCUGGUCUGCCAGAAGCAAUGGUGGGAGGGAGGGAAGGAGGGGAAAGAGAUUGGACAAAUAACAGAGCAUUUGUUCCUUCCUUGUUUGCCUUUUGCAAGGUUUCAGAGGAUUUUCCAAGGUCUGCUCACCAGACAAAUUUCCAGUCCAUGUGUUGUCACCAGAUAUUCCUGAUAUGUUACUGGGAAGCCAAUAUGAUCGUCCUAUAAACCUCAUUUUAUUAAAGUGAGCAGCUUUAAGAAUCAUUUUAGCUGAAAAGUAAUACCCCAGUAUUGUUACUGGACUGAUUCUGGAUGAAACCCACAGGAAUUGGGAAAGGUUAUAGGUCAGUGGUGGAGCAAGUGCUUUGCAUGCAGAAGGUUCCAGGUCCAACCCAUAGCUGUCAACUUUUCCCUUUUCUUGCGAGGAAUCCUAUUUGGACUAAGGGAAUUUCCCUUUAAAAAAGGGAGACAUUGACAGCUAUGGUCCAACCCAUAGUAUCUCCAGGCAGAGGCUGGGAAAGAUUCCUGCCUGAAACACUUAGAAGCUGCUGAGCAAGGUGAUCCAAGGGUCUGGCUGGGUAGAAGGCAGCUUCCCAUGUCCCUGAACCUCUUUUGGGGCAGCUACGUGUUGACAGGGUGUGAAUCACAAAUGUUUAAGUGGCCCUGUUAAUACCGCAGUUCACAACCUGUGUACACCGAGGUAGUUCUAUUAACUAUAAUACAACUACUCCAUAAUAUGAAUUCUGGGUUUCACCUCAAGAUUCCAAACAUUUCUCAGAGUUACUUAGGUGGGAACCCUAACUAUGUAAGUCCUAUUAAAUUCAAUGGGGCUCACUCAUAAAUAAGUGGGGUUGGAAAAUUGAGAUGGUCAUAGUCCCUCAGCAGAAUUAAUAGGACUGAGGCUGUGAUCCCAUUUGCAAUUACUGGGAAGUGCUGGACUGCAAAUCAUGCCAUGGCACAAAUCCUUAGCAAAUACUUGCAGAAGUCAGCAGUGUAUAUUAUUUUAAAGAACGCCAAAACAAAUAUUUAAAAUGGUUAAAGGCUUUAAGGCCCCACAGCUCCCCUGUCGUUGCUUGAGUGGAAAACUGGUGAGGAAAACACAGUCAGACUUACUUCUAUGCCUUUAACAAAAGCUUGAUCUUGGGGGAAAAUCAGGUAAAGGUCUUCACAGCACUCUCUUCUAAUAUCUGCAUAGCAUGCUGUUGUUAAAGAAGUAGAGCCUGGUAAAAACAAAAGAAAAAGCUAGCAGCUCCCCCUGCCUCCAGUCGUAGGUCUCCUGUUUGGAGAAGUUCAUUCUGAAAAUCUUGCAUCAACUAAUGUUUGUCUGAUUUCGUAUCAGAGAAGCACUCAGUAACCGGACUUUGGUGAUGUGGGUAUAUUCUGCUAUUUUGCAUUAGGCAGUUCCUCUAUGGUCGUGGUGGUGGCUGGCUUUUGGUUGCUCAGAAAUUUUAUUAAAAGUUUGUUUUUCUGACAAUUACCUCUAAUAGGAAAUCGGUGGGUUUCUGUCAUAAUCCUGACAAACCAAGGUUUUGCAGGUAAGAUGACAGCUGCUUGAACCACGUCCUCUGUAGGACCCAGGAGAACCACUGCCUUGCCAAGAAGUGGAGUGGAAACGGUUUCCAUAGCUACAAAGGGAGUUGCUCUGUUAAAAAGAAACUAAGCAAGUCUUUCUAAAAGUUGUUAAAGGCCAUGCUGACAGAGACAGAUCCUUCAAAUGCCCAACUUUCUGGUAAUACUACAUGACAUUUCGACCCACAGGGGGAAAGAUCCCACAGGAGUUGCAGAGCUCAUCCAAACCUCUUUCUGCACGGCCCUGGGAAGCGAGGGAGGAGCGGCCUGGCCAGGAGAACAUGCUGAACAUCGCAGACGUAAGUCAAAGGGGGAAAUUAUCCUGAACUUUGGGCUUUUCACUGUAUUACUGGCACUGUAUACUGAGGGCUCUCUUAGGACAGAAGCAGAAGAAUUAGCAUUGUACCAAUUAUUUCUGAAAGUAAGCAAGGGAGACUGAAGGCAGAAAGUUGGGGAAAUUCUGCUUUACUUCAUCAACAAAUAUGUUUCACUCAGUAGCCGCUCACUUAUAAACUUUAUAAACUGCUCACUUAUAAACUUAGUUACUCUGAAACAUUACCAUCUGUUUGUGGGCAGAUACUGACAUUUCCCAGCUUUUCUGUAUAUUUCAACCAUCAAGGAAUACUCUCACAUCAACUUGCUUGUUAGGAAACAGAAGCUGCAAAUGUUACAGAGGAUUCUGAGAACAGAUAUACUAGGAGGGGUUAAUAUGCUGAAAUAGCUGCCUUUUCAGUUACAUUUUUAAAAAAUUUGUGAGCUUCCAUUACAAAUACCUGAGGAGCACCUGCACUUUCCUUAAUGGUUUACCAUGCUAAACUGCAGAUAACUUUUCUGCCAUACCAAGUUACUAGCGAAGGUUAUGCAACUGACGCCGGGAUACUUUUAAAGGUAAGAAGGUGCAUAUUGGUAAGAUUCCACAAAGAACUAGAGAAAAUUCUCCCAAUAGUCAGGGUUUUCUUUUCCUUUCAUUCUCUCAGCAGUGAAAAAAUCCCCUUUCCGGAAAAUAACACCUUCCCUCCAGAAAGACAAGUUCCCAGGGCAGCUUACAGAGUCAGAAUACAAUAAGUAUGCAACAAAACAUACAAAAAGUAGAAGCAGAAUAGAAAAAUAGCACAGAAAGCUUCAGAAAAGGUACAAACAAGCUAAGAUAAAAAGGGCUGUGGAAAAUAAAAGUGUGUUUGAAGACCAGUCGGUGUCAGACAAACCUCCAGAACAGAAGUGCAGGAUUACAUUUCAGUUUUUAAAAGCGAUCAGUGAGUGUUGCAGUUGCUGUAGUUAAGAAACGAAAAUGAAGUUCCUUGGAGAGCGGGCUUUGUAUUGAAACUGUCAUUCAAGAGGACAAAAUGCUUCCUUGCAUUUGGCUGUAGCAACAGUCAAUAACUUCCUCCAUGCUCUUAAGAGAAAGACAUAAGCUAAAUGAUCGUCAUAUUUGACUACUUUUAUGAGUUUGAAAGAGCUCUUAACUGGGGCAGAGCUGAUGCCUUAAUCUUCCCAUAACUGAGGAAUGUAUGACUGACCCUUUCUAAGAUUCUGUAGUGUUCUCAUCUCUUGUGUUCAUAAUAACUCUGGAUCUUUUUUUGCGGGGGGGGGGGGAGGAUAAAUCAUGCAUCAUCAGCACUUGUACAACUGCCUGCCAGAUUUUUGUAUAGGGAAACUGAAAUGGCAUCUUGGGGUGGAAGUGGAGUUGAGUGUUGGACUCCCUAAAAUGUCUGGUGCUUAUAGCACACCAACAGUCAUCUGCCAAGUUCCAGUUAAAGCACUUUACUCAGAACUGGUCUGUUACCUGUUUCAGUGCAGACCACAAUCAAAGUAUUUCACCUUUCCUGAUGUUUAACCAUGCUGUGAGGGCAUUUUUCACCCCUGUACACCACAUGUUUGGGCACUGCUAUGUGGUGUCAAGUUAAUGUGAGGCAUCAACACUACAGUGGUACCGCUGGUUAAGAACUUAAUUCAUUCCAGAUGUUAUGUACUGAAGUUCUCACCCUGGGCCAGCAGGGGGAUACUGUAGAUAGUUAUGCAAAUGAAGGAUCGAAAAGUGACGUUCAGUGAUUGGAUAGUUUUGUAUGCAAAUGAAGGAUCGAAAAGUGACGUUCAGUGAUUGGAUAGUUUUAGAAAAUGGCAACAGUUGCAUUGUUCUGGAGCUCUAUAUAAGCAGGCUGACUGAGCUCCUCAGCCUAGUUCUGUUCUGGCAUCUGAAUUAAGAAGAGCUGUUUAAAGAAUCGCUGUGUCGUCUGACAUGUUCGCCCACAACCUAACACCGGAGGUCCGUUCUUAACCUAAAACUGUUCUCAACCUGAGGUACCACUUUAGCUAAUGGGGCCUCCCGCUGUCACUGUGCUGCCGCCGCACGAUUUCUGUUCUCAUCCUGAAGCAAAGUUCUUAACCUGAGGUACUAUUUCUGGGUUUGUGGAGUUUGUAACCUGAAGCGUCUGUAACCCGAGGUACCACUGUAUUAAAAACUAUUCUUUCUUUAAAAUCUGAUCCUGUGGUCUACAUAAUUUCAUUUGCCAAGGAUGAAGGGAAAUUUCUGCCCCUUAAACAACUUAUUAAAAAUUAUUUUCAGAUAGAGUCAAAUGCCAGGUAGGGUUUCUUUUGUAUUUCCGUUUUUUAACCAGACACCUUUUAAACCUAUUGAUUAUAGGACAAUAAAGGCUCACUAUGUCAGGUUCCUAUUGGAAGACCGGACAAACGCUAGAACAUUAGCAGUGGCAAAGUUUUUAUCGGUGGUUGCAAGAACCAAUGAUCCCUAUCUUUUGAACAAAAUGCUUGUUUAACCUGGAGGUAGGCUGUAUGAAUUGUGCAUUGCUUUGUAAUGAUUUGUUGGGUUUCUGGACCAUAAUGAAGAUUGAUUUGAUUUGAUAAAUGCUAACCAGAGUGUGAGAGAAAGAGGUGAGAGGCAGGGGGCUUGUGAGACCAACACUUGUCCGUGUGUAGUGUUCAGUCAUAGUUUAACAUUGUGUGUGAACCAGUCCAGUGCCUAUUAGGGAAGUUUUAGGUAUUUCACUUGGAGUGCUGAGGCCCAAGUCUGGUUUGGGGAAGCUUUGAUGACAAGUAGAACUCUCUUCUGUCACAAGAGACUACAGAAACCAUAGUGGUAUUAAAGCAUGCAUUUUAUGCAGAAGGAGAUUGCAUAUAGUUACAUGUUAGAUAUAAGAAGUUUUAACUUCUGCAUUUUCAUCUCUGUGUAGCACAUGAUAUCUGUCUUGCAAAAGUUCACGCAGCUCACCACUGGAGGUCACUAGCUCGCACAAUUUACAGUUGUAUGAAUAGAUCUCUUUUGCAUUUUUGCAAGUGCUUUUGUGCAAGCUGGAACAAAACCAGUAUCACAGGGAUUAUUUAUUAUGAGAACAAUCUAUUAUUUUACAUACUUGAUUACCAAACUGGGUUGUACAAGAAUUACUUUUCAUUAAAGUUUUCUUUAACAUUUUCACAAUAAGAUAAAAGACACACCAACCCACACAAAGAAUAUUGAAAUAGGAAAAAGGAAAGAAAAGAAGACACAAGAUUCUCUCUCACAAGUAUAUUCCAACUUUUGUCCCAUACAGAAAAAGACGUGUGUCCCCAGCUCUCACCUGGGAGCGUCUGUUUCUUCUCCCACCCUAAUUACAACAGAUGUAAUUAGCCACCUGACUAUUCCUAGUAAAUUACUGUGGUAUAACACUAUAAUUAAGCAUUCAAUGGAACUCUUCUUUUCUAAAAUCAUAUAUGUAUAUGGACUACAAUACAUCUGAGACAUCAAUAAUAAUCUAUCACACAUGACCUGAGAUAUAAGGGAAUUUUGUUGGUAGGAAGUUACUUUAUUUUAUUUUCAUUCCAGACCCUCCCAAGUGUCUCUAUUUUCCAGGGAUGUCCCAGAUUUAGAGAAGCCAUUUAGAAGUUUCUAAUUUGAUCCAGAAUGUCCCACUUUUCCUUAAAGGUAAAGGUACCCCUGCCCGUAUGGGCCAGUCGUGUCCGACUCUAGGGUUGUGCGCCCAUCUCACUUAAGAGGCCGGGAGCCAGCGCUGUCCGCAGACACUUCCGGGUCACGUGGCCAGCGUGACGAAGCUGCUCUGGCGAGCCAGCACCAGCGCCGCACACGGAAACGCCGUUUACCUUCCCACUAUAAAGCGGUACCUAUUUAUCUACUUGCACUUAGGGGUGCUUUCGAACUGCUAGGUGGGCAGGAGCUGGGACCGAAAGACGGGAGCUCACCCCGCCGCAGGGAUUUGAACCACCGACCAUGCGAUCGGCAAGUCCUAGGCACUGAGGUUUUACCCACAGCGCCACUUUUCCUUAGGAUGUCCCUAUUGGAGAAAUGUUGGAGGGAAUGGAGUUAUCCAACCUCUGAGCUGUCUGAAGGCAAUCCUGUAUAGGGAUUUUUUUUAAAAAAUUAAUGUUAUAUUAUUUUUUUUAUAUGUUGGAAGCUGCCCAGAGUGGCUGGGACAACCCAGUAAGAUGUGUGGGGUAUUUCAUGCUCUUUAUUCAGCUCAUAGUGGUGAGGAGGAAUGAAUGAAUGUCCCCUCAAAGUAUCUGCUUUAUAUACAUUAUUUACACAAUGGGCUGCACAUGAUUGGUUAAUUCUGGAAUUCUACUGUAAGCCAAUCAGGUUGUGGAUUCACUUAUAUCUGGAGCAUGAUUGGGUGGUUCCUGCCAACCAAUCAUACUGCUGCAUUGUUCUUGGACCAAUCAGACUGCUGCCUUCUGAAUCCUAUUGUUCUAGGACCAAUCAGACUGCUGCAAUUUGGAUCCUAUUGUUCUAGGACUGCUGCAGUUUGGAUCCUAUUCAACUCAGUACAUAACAAAAUAGUAAAAUUAUCAUUAUGAAAUGGAACGUCCCUAUGUUCACUGAAGAAAUGUUGGAGGGUAUGUGAUUCUUGUUCUCUUAUUUGUAUUAAAAAGGGAAAAAUGUAUUUAUGAGAAUAAUAGCUGAUAAUCAGGUAAUGUUGUGUAUUGUAAACAAGAGGAAAGACAAUGAAUGUAUGUUCGGGCAAUGCUUUAAAUAAGAGAAUUUUUGAAAACUAAAAAGUAAAAGAGAAAACCCACCACACCACCAGGGGGACAUUUGCUGCAUUCUUGACUGCAGGUUCGUUAUGGUGAGAGAAAUUGGCUUUUGAAGACAUAGUGCAGGAUUCAAUCAGCGUAGGGAGAGGAGUGUUGCAAAUGCUCGUUCUUUAUUGUGCAGUAAUUGCAUCGGAGACGCAUCUCUUGUGCCGUGGGGAGACUUCCAGCAAAUGGGAAUAACGUCAUGUCUUAUUGAACACAGAACAAUGCAGGUAUAGGUUUUAAAAGCACUGAUGAGUCCUUUGGUCACUUCCUUGCAUUAUGCACCCAAAAAAAUCUUUGUUCCCUAGAGCUACCUAGGCAUGCUUUCUCGUAGAUUGUCUAAUGCCAUUAUGUAAACUGGAGAGAGCGACUCUCAAAGGCUUGCUGGUGUUCAUUGAUGAAUGGUGGCAGGAAAAUGUAGGACUAAGAACGAGGCUAAGAAUCCUGCGCUGCUUGUUUAAAACAGGCUUGGGUUGCAUGAGAUGCUAGGCUCUUUACUACACUUCUCAAAAACGUUUGAUUAUGUUCUGAAAAAAGCAUUUGGUUACCAUUUUUGUAGUAGCAUGCACAAGGAAGAAUAUAUUUAUUGCAGGAGAGCAGAGGUAGUCCGCAUGGUGCCUUCUAGAAAUUGCAGGACUACAUUUCCCAUCACCCAUGACUAUGAUUGGCCAUGCAGGACGAUGGGAGUUGUAGUCCACAUCUGGAGGGCAUACACUGGCUGUCCCUGCAGGAGAUAAUACAAUGAUUUAUGUAACAUUUCAAAUAUAUUGUGACGGUGAGUGAAUUUCUUUGACAAUUUUUCAUGGAAAAUGUGCUGCCUUGAUGGAGUUAGCACAGGAGUGAGAGAGACUAGGGAGGAACAAAGCAGCUGCAGGUUCCCUUCUGGAAGCCUGUCCCUGUAAGCCCUAGUUCAUCCUACCAAGACGUGUGAACCAGGCCUCCAGGUCAACUUCCUGGGCCAUCUCUGAAUUCAAGAGCUCCACCAGGGUUAGCUGGAAAAGAGGCAUCAGAAAACCAUCCAGAUUCAUUAGCCUCUAGGGGUGGACCAUCCUAACCAGAGAUGCCACCCUGCACCUAAGAUUGUGGGGCCCUGGCAUGCGUUUCAUUUGUGUGACGUUACGUGCACACACCGUCAUGUGCCUGAUGUGUGUGACAUCAUGCAUGCAACAUCACAUCAUUGGGAGGAGGCUGAUGGCAGGGCCCAGCCCAGCGCGGCUUCCUUUCUCAUGCUCAAGAGGAGUCAGCCGCUGAACUGCGCCACCCUCCGCUCCAUGCUCGGCCUUCUCUAUGCCCUCAGCACCAAGGGGGCCCAGCGCCCUGCCAGCCGAUAUUGAGGGGGCCGAAGACACUUCCACCCCUAGCACUUGGCACACCUAAUCCUAACUCCAGGCACGCCUGGAAGAAGCGGACCAUUUGGAUCCCUUCCAGUCGGGAUUCAGGCCUCACCAUGGGACUGAAACUGCCUUGGUCGCACUGGUUGAUGAUCUCCGGCGGGCCAGGGACAAAGGUGAGAGCUGUUUCCUACUUCUGCUGGAUCUCUCAGCGGCGUUUGAUACCAUCGACCAUAACAUCCUUCUGGACCGUCUUGAGGGGCUGGGAGCUGGGGGCAAUGUCAUACAGUGGUUCCGCUCCUUUCUCCUGGGCCGUGUUCAGAAAGUGGUGGUGGGGGAUGAGUGUUCAGACCCCUGGGCUCUCACUUGUGGGGUGCCUCAGGGUUCUGUCCUCUCCCCCAUGCUUUUCAACAUUUACAUGCAGCCGCUGGGAGAGAUCAUCAGGAGGUUUGGGCUGGGUGUUCAUCAGUAUGCGGAUGAUACCCAGCUCUACCUCUCUUUUAAAUCAGAACCAGUGAAGGCGGUGAAGGUCCUGUGUGAGUGUCUGGAGGCGGUUGGAGGAUGGAUGGCGGCUAACAGAUUGAGGUUGAAUCCUGACAAGACAGAAGUACUGUUUCUGGGGGACAGGAGGCAGGCAGGUGUGGAGGAUUCCCUGGUCCUGAAUGGGGUAACUGUGCCCCUGAAGGACCAGGUGCGCAGCCUGGGAGUCAUUUUGGACUCACAGCUGUCCAUGGAGGCACAGGUUAAAUCCGUGUCCAGGGCAGCUGUGUACCAGCUCCAUCUGGUACGCAGGCUGCGACCCUAUCUGCCUGCGGACUGCCUCGCCAGAGUGGUGCAUGCUCUGGUUAUCUCCCGCUUGGACUACUGCAAUGCGCUCUACGUGGGGCUACCUUUGAAGGUGACCCGGAAACUACAACUAAUCCAGAACGCAGCAGCCAGACUGGUGACUGGGAGCGGCCGCCGAGACCAUAUAACACCGGUCUUGAAAGACCUACAUUGGCUCCCAGUACGUUUCCGAGCACAAUUCAAAGUGUUGGUGCUGACCUUUAAAGCCCUAAACGGCCUUGGUCCAGUAUACCUGAAGGAGCGUCUCCACCCCCAUCGUGCUACCCGGACACUGAGGUCCAGCACCGAGGGCCUUCUGGCGGUUCCCUCACUGCGAGAAGCCAAGUUACAGGGAACCAGGCAGAGGGCCUUCUUGGUAGUGGCGCCCUCCCUGUGGAACGCCCUCCCACCAGAUGUCAAAGAGAACAACAACUACCAGACUUUUAGAAGACAUCUGAAGGCAGCCCUGUUUAGGGAUGCUGUUAAUGUUUGAUGUAUCACAGUAUUUUAAUAUUCUUUUGGAAGCCACCCAGAGUGGCUGGGGAGGCCCAGCCAGAUGGGCGGGGUAUAAAUAAUAAAUUAUUAUUAUUAUUAUUAUUAACUGAGUUUCCACAGCUGGAUAUGACCUAAACCUAAUCAGGAAGUAAAUCUGAUCAGGAGAAGGGCAGAGUUGACCUUGAAUUAAUGUGUGACUUGAGAUGAGUAAUGUGCAAACCACAAUGAAACUUUUUAUUCCGUAAUCUUGGAUUUAUAUUCUUACACUCGUCUUGGGAAGGAGCACUGCUUAGCUUUAUUUUGCCAUCUGCUUUAGGAAAGCAGAUUUUUUUCCUUUCUGGAUUAACAAAACCACAAGGAAAUAAUUAACUUUUAAUUGCCAUAUCUCAAAAGUUUUGCAUUUACUAGAGAUUUGAAAGCUUGAAAAAUGAUGCACCUUUUGCCCUAAGGGUACCUGCCACAUCAAUAAGAGCAUUUUGUAUGUCUCUUGGUGCAAGUGAUUUAUUUCUUAAAAUUUGUAUACCACUUGGUUGGGGAGGGAAACCUCAAAGCAGUGGUGGGACGUGGGUGGGUGAUGUAACAUUCUUGCAGAAUUGUGAAAGAGCAAGAUGCAGUGUCUGAGAUCUACUUCCCAUCCCACAGUGUGCCUCUUUGUGUCGCUGUUGUUUCUUUCUUUCUCGGCCUAAAAAGCACACUGGCUAUUUUUAACAGGUGAUUCUGGGUUCUGUCUUGCAGAUGACCUGCUAUGACAAGAAGCUGAGGCAGACAAGUCCUGAGCAGCUGAAUGACCACAUGGUGGUUCCACUGCACUCCAGAGUGAACGGCUGGUCUUUACCACUCCACUCGUUCCAGUUGAUCACCCUGGUGCUUUAUUCAUACUUGGCCAUAGUGGGCUUUGGUAUCUACAUUCCUCUUCUCCCAAAUGAAUGGAAAUUGGUUGCCUAUGCUGUAUCCUUUCCCCUUCCGUUUAAAAUCCUGUGGUAAAACUAACAGUGCACAUGAACUGCAUAUGCCAUGCGUGGCGAGAGGAAUAACCAGUGAUUUGCCUAAGCCGCAAUUCUGGAUCCAGUUACUUCUGAGUAAGCUCCAUUUAAUGCAAGGAGACUUAGGCUGCAAUUCUCAGCAAGCUUACUCCAAAGUAACUCCCUCUGGAAUCAGAGGCACUUACUUCCAGGUAAGUAGGGUUACAACUGCAGCCUGCAUAGGAUUGCACUCUACUCUCUCAUUGUAUUCUGAAAACAGGGGCAAGUUGUGAGUUGUUUUGAAAUGUGACUGAUCUUUUUUGCUAUCCAGACCACAUGUUGGGGGCGAGCAGGGCUGUUCUGUUUUCACUCUCUUCUCCACCUCUACCUUUUCCACUUCCCCCUUCCUUCUCUCCUUCUGGGUUUCCCACCCUCAUGAAAUUAGGCCAAGCUCACGGGCCACAUUUUGCCCACCCUUUUCAAGCACAGAACCAGGACAUAAAUUAGGUGGUUUGUGUCCUUAAGGGAAAUAUCAAAAUGUUCAUCUCUCAAGCUACUAAACAUUUUCAUGGGCAACUAAUGUCGGCAAACCUGCAGUGAACAGCAACGUUCAGUAGUAUUAUUACAGCAUUAUUACAACCAAUGGGCCUUUCCCCCAGUUACGUGUGUGCCUAGGAUUGCAGCCUUAUUUGAAACUUGUGGUUUUUUGUCUUUAAGAGGAGUAGGGUCUUGUAUGGACAACUUUUGGGGGGACCAAAAUGUAUUAUCCCUCUGUUUAUACUUUUAAAAUUUGAUUGUGAUCAUUCAAUAAUAUAUUUUAAACCAACAGUCCUUUGUAGUGUGCUUAGUGUUGUGUAAUGUGGCUCGGCUGCUUCAUUUAGCUGCUCUUUUUAAAAGGCUCAGUAAAGUUUUUUCCCUCUUCCUCUGUACAGGAUGAGGAGUCCAGGGGUCAAGAAGGACACUAACAUUGUGAAUAGGAAACUCAUAAAUCCUGUAAUUGAUACACUGUUUGUGUACCAAACACGAUUGUUGCUAGGAAGACUUAUUGGUGCCCUCAAUUAUUCUUGCAUAUGAUGAUCCAGUUUAAAGUGAGAAUAUAAUUGUCAAGUUAGAACAAGUGUUCUAGUAUGGGUGCCAGAUGCAGUUUUUGGCCCUUCUGCUCCAUUUGAGCAUCAACUAGAAAAACAAUUAUUUUAGUAAUAAAACUUUAAAUCACAAAUGAGAAAUGAGAACCAUUUCCCUGAACUUUAAAUAUCCUGUUCAAACAGAUUUAAACAUGAUGGCCAGUUGAUUUAAUGGAUUGAUUAAUGAAUUAUAGAAUCGUAGGAUUGUAGCAAUGGAAGGGACCCCAAGGGUCAUCUAGUCCAACCCCAUGAAAUGCAGGAAUCUCAACUAAAGCACCCGUGACAGAUGGCCAUCCAACCUCUGCUUAAAAACCUCCAAGUAAGGGUGAAUGAGGAGGGCAAAUUGCUUGAAGUUGAAGUUGUUGUAAUGUUUUCUUAUAGAUGAUCUGCUUUUAGGGUUGGCAUCUUGUUGGUUUUGUUUGAUCAGGGUGCUCCCUUGAUGUUGGAAUAAAACUUCCAUCAUCUCUGACUGUCAGCCAAGCUAGCUGGGGCUGAUGGCCACAUAGAAAGGAAUUAAAACAUUUGGUGAUAGUUGGUUGUUAUUGUAUGAGUGGGAGCACUUUUAGAUCUGUUGGUUCAAUAAGCUGAAAUAUAAUGGAUAGAUUUUUUUUUCAUUUCAUGCAUGGUUAUUGAAGGACCUUGUCUUUCCUUUGUAAAAAUGUUCAUAUAUGGAACUAGUAAACUUUUAAAUAAAAACAACUAUAGUACAUAUACAGGAAUUUUCCUGUUCUGGGGAGAGUAAGGAGGGCAUCUGAGAUUGUUUGGGAUUGCCUUUCCUACAAGCAAGGGAGUCUCAAGACGUGUUGUCCAGGUGUGCUACCUUCUCAGAAUAAAUUAUUGUACUGCUUUGAUGUCUUCAAGACACUCAGUUCUAUUUGUAUAGAACUGUGGUGCAUGGGAAAUUCCUUUUCCUGACAUCACUGGCAGAGGAAGAGGGGGGUGGGAGGAGCGCACCGCCCCUGGCAGUGCGAUCCUGGUGGGGUUCCAUCGCGGCUGUUCCCCCCACCUGCGCUGGGUGCCCCGCCCCCACCGGUGGCACGCCCCACCCCCAAAAUGCAUGCCCCACCCCCCAGGACAGUCGCCAGCCCCUCCCCCGCCUGCUUUCCGCCCCCAGUGCCAGAGCAUGAAGCUCCGCCACUGCCUGACAUGUCCUGGUUUUCAGGUGUAAAAAUGGUGUCAAGGGGAAAUUUUGCUGAAUCUGCAAAAUGUCAGGGAAAUGUCAGGUCUCCCCAAAGAAAGCUCAACGGCUUUGUGGGUGUCAGGAAUUUUACUUUUUGAAAUAUGGCAAAAAUGGUGAUGGUGCAAUACUGAAUCUAUGACAAUCAGACAGAAACUAGUAUUUUGCUCUUCUGGAGUCUUGCAAACAAAUCCACUAAAACUAGUAGCCUUUGUUUGUGGCAUAAGAGAAAAGAAUACCAGUGACAGAGCUUUCUACCUGGCCAUUUGAAUACUGAAGCACCUAAGCAAAUCUGGUGACUUAAUGUAACAAAUGUAAAAAUAAAUAAAUCCAGACUCUUAUAUUCUCUUGUUUUUUGACUUUUCCUUAACCUCAUUACAAUGCAGGUGAUUGGCUUAAUUUUUGUGCAUCACUUAAUCACUCAUCUUGUUGCAAUCACUAUCGAUCCAGCAGAUCAAAAUAUACUGAAGAAGAAAAAUUACAAGAAACCAAUGCCAAUUUUUGACCGAAGCAAAUGCAAGCAUGUUAUUCAGAACCAGUACUGCUAUCUUUGUGAAGCUGAUGUGUAAGUCACUCCCAUUACAGCACAGCAAAGAAGAGACCUACUUAUUUGCCUGCACUGGUUUUCCUCUGCUAUUUGCCUCUUGCUGCUUAAACUGCUCCUUUGUACUAGGUUUUUGUCUCUGUGCAAUUACGCAUAUGCGUUCUGGACAUGCAGGAAGCUCACUCGAGAAAAUUCGCCACCCAGGAUAGUGUUUUGCACAACCAUAAAGGGCCAUGGCUGUCAUCUUCCUGCUCAGUUCACUUUCUGUUAUCACAACAGUGCAAAUCAUAGCUGUCAACAUUUCCCGUUUUUUGAGGGAAAUUCCCGUAUUCCUCGCAAGAAAAGGGAAAAGUUGACAGCUAUGGUGCAAAUCCGUAUCCUGAUUUUCUGAAAUAUUUCCUCACAAGGCAAGCAAAUGUACUGCAUAAAACUAAAUAUAUAAGAACAAUAUAAAAAAAGGUAAAGGGACCCCCUAACCGUUAGGUCCAGUUGUGACCGACUCUGGGGUUGCAGCGCUCAUCUCGCUCUAUAGGCCAAGGGAGCAGGCAUUUGUCCACAGACAGCUUCCGGGUCAUGUGGCCAGCAUGACUAAGCCGCUUCUGGCGAACCAGAGCAGCUCACGGAAACGGCAUUUACCUUCCCGCCAGAGCAAUACCUAUUUAUCUACUUGCACUCUGACGUGCUUUCAAACUGCUAGGUUGGCAGGAGCAGGGACCGAGCAACGGGAGCUCACCCCAUCGUGGGGAACAAUAUAAAUACAUAUAAAUGUAACUUAAAACUUUGAAACACCCAAUAAUGCGAAAAUGGCCAGGACAUUUCCUGUUUAUAAACUGCUUUUGUUGUUUUAUGGUACAUCACCUUGAGAUGAUUGCAUAGAAGGCUAAUAAUAAUAAUACAUGAAAACCCAAUAUGCUUGUAAAAACAUCACAUAAUUAAAAUAAAAACAGCACCAUCAAUUUCAGCAGCCAAAUUAAAAGCAUUCGAAAUUUUUUUAAAAAGCAGGUGUGGGAUGUGGCCUGAGUUCAGAUGGAGGCCCUCUGCCAAGAAAAGCCCUGCCCCUUGCCUGCCAGCUUAACUGAUCCCACAGGUAGGUAGGCAUCAAGCAGGGCCAUGGAAACAGAUCUCAAAGUGUGCAGCGACAAGGAUGAGUGAAGGCAGGGAGGUGCUGCAGCUGCCUGGUUUCCAUAUCUAGGAAGUGAGUCGCACCUCAUUUCGGAUCGGGUUGCACUCCUCCUAAAAGUUCAAGUACCUACUCUGGGAGAACUCUGGGAAUUUUCUUUGUCUUUGAAGGUUCAAGGAGCCACAGUGGUUCGGAGAGCCUACAGCUUUCCCUGCUCCUGGAUAAACUUCCUAGUUAGCUACUGUGAUGAACUCUGUGUGAGGCUAUCCUUAAAGAUGGUUCAGAGACUUGCUAUUCCUAUCUGUAUUUCUAAUCCAGUGCCGUACUUCCACAUUAAAAAAUAAAUCUCUGACUUCCUGCAUGGCUCUUCUGGUUGUGCAUGGAUGGCUCAUCAGUUCCAUGUACAUUUUGUAAAUGCAAUGUAUAAAUAUUUAGACUUACCAUAAACAUGAGACAGUCUUUAUUUAUGUGGUCUAUUUUAGUACCUGAAUUCUAUUGUAUUCUAUUUAAUGUAUUUCUUCUUCUCCCCAGAGGGCCAAAAACCAAACACUGUAGUACCUGCAAUAAGUGUAUUGCGGACUUUGACCAUCACUGUAAUUGGCUAAAUAACUGUGUUGGAAGCCGAAACUACUGGUAAGCUAACAGCAGCUAGCUUUGGAAAUAUGACUGUAAAAUAAAGGCCCUAUUUAGGAAGGCAGAAGUGAAGCACCCACCCCCAUCUCUAGGAACACCUGUACUUUUAAACAAUCUGUUAGUUUUGCAUCCAAAGUAUCAAAACUGAAGUGGUUUUAUGCACUAAAUAAGCAUCCCAGAGGAACUAAUACAAUUACCUAAAAGGCUAAAUGUUUGCCCUGAGUAAAUAACUUUGAUUGCUUCCAAACUGGCACUUUUCAGAAGGAACAUCAUCCUUUGUUCGCACUCUUUAUGUAGCAUCUAGACAACCUAUUUGGCAGCUUCUGGCAUUCCAAUGUCUUCUGUGUUGUCCUCCUGUCUUCUCUGAGCCCUGGUAAAUCUCUUGGGAACUACUCUCGGGAGGAGAACAAUGGCUUGAAUACCUAGUUCCUCCGAAGGUGAGGGGGACGGACCUAGGCUAAACCUGGCAGCACAGUUUAUUCUGUGUUAUUAAUCUCUUCAUGCAUUAGACUUAAGCAUGUCAGCUAUAUGAGACUGGUUAUCCCACAGUGGGGAGCACUAGUGGCAGCCCCUCUAGCCGUUUCUCCUGAACACCCUAACACUUCCCCUCUGUUGGCUGACAAAGCUGUGUGUACCCCAUGGUCUUCCCACCAGCCUCUAAGCUGGCCUGCUGCCACCAGGUGCACCAAAGGACACUGCCCUGUUGAAGUAAGAGUCUUUUCUACAUGGAAUGAGAGGUGCAAUCUGCUACUGUGUCCAGGGUAGCAAAAUAUUGUGGGCUGGCUCUCCUGUUCACAAUCUGCCCUUCCAAUUCCCUGUUCAAAAUGAUGUAUGUCCAACACUGUUGGCUUUCCUCACUGAUAUUUGAUUAAAUCCUAAUCUGCUCAUUCCCUAGGAAUCUGGGAAUUUGAAAGGUGUCACAGCAUCAUACUUUCUCCAUGGGGAGGGCCAACGGAGAUGAGAAGGCAAAUAGCUACUUCAGCAUUUUGGGCAAACUGUGCUGCGGCAAAAUUGAGGGCCAAGCUAAGAUUGUUAGUGAGGUCAGUCACACAGGCCAGCUGCAGAACCUUUUUUGGAGAAGCAUAGUUAUAGGGAGCAGCAUCCUGAGCCAAAAUCGGUUUUGUAUACUUCCAGCUGUGACAACUGGCCCUGUGUGCCUUCAGAUAACCCUUUCUGCUUAGAUAUCUAUCCCACAGAAUCCAGAGCAGAGUAUUCUGGAACAUGUUCUCUUGGGAGUUGGACGUCCCUGUUCUAGGGCAUUAAUUUAGAUGAAUCACCAGCCCAAGCUCUUGGGCCUAGCUGUUGCCCUGCUUGGACUGAUAGUACAAUCUAAAACACACUCACCACUUCCCUGCAGCUGCACAUUUGUGGGAGAAGAUUUGGUAGUCAUGGGCAAGCUGUCUUUCAGGAGAGCUUGUUUUCUCAUGAAGGAACCUCUGGUAGGUUUCUAAAGAAUUGCAGAGUUCUCUGGAACACAGUAUGAAAAUCAUUCCUGAGCAUGGAUGGGGAACCCCAGGCUUGCAGGCCUCAUUAGGUCUCCCAGGGAUCCUAAUUUGGCCCACAAGGCUGUUUCCCCCCAGCCACAACCCUGGAUGUCAUGACGUAAAGCUACAGCUGCAAAGGAACAAGCAGAAACCUUAGGAUGGGCUCCCAGGUGUUCAUCUACAUGAGACCUGCAUUCAGCAGCACCUUUUAAAUCCAUCAAGGGUUAAAAUCUAAUGGAGGAUUCCACUGUUAAACUAGCCAGGCAAGUUUCUUGGUCAGUUAAUGGCACUAUCUUCUGUCAUUAGUAUAACAAGGGAGGUUGCUUUGGCCUGAAGACAAAUGGGUGGGCUCUCCUCCCUCCCUUGGCUGGUGGUGAGAAAGAUAAAAUCCAGAGUUGUGUGUGCAACUGGCAUAGAAGCAGAGAGACAGAGCCAUGCUUGACUUUUGCUGGAAUCCAAUGCUGUGACUUGGAUGAGAGAAGCAGGACUUUCUUGGGUGCUAAUGCUCCAUUGCAGGCUCAGGUUGUAUAUGUGUGCAAAUGACCCAACUAUCACAAAGUCUCUGUUGUUCCUCAUUACAAGGAAACCAAACCCUGGAUAAGCACUGAAUCCCAUGGAGUCUCACACCUCUCAGAGAUUGGGGUGGCGUGAAAAAAUACAAUUAAAUACAUACAUUCAAUUUGUAAUUGUACAGCCUUCCACAGAUUAUGGCUAACUGGAAUCUUUCUGUUAACGUGUUCAUAGGUUUUUCUUCAAUGCAAUUGCUUCUGCUGCUCUUGGAAUCCUUCUGCUGAUUAUGGUGAUGAUAUAUGUCUUCAUCCAGUAUUUCGUGGACCCAGAACGGCUCCGCACAUCUCCUCAGUUUGAAAGUAUUGUUCCACUGACUUAAAAAAACUUUUUACACCAAUGUGACCUAGUAGUACUUUUUCAAGGUAGUGCCUAUGGUUUCUUAAACAGAAAGGGGUGGUCAUUAAGACGGAAAACCAGCUCAUGAUUGGUAUAGUACUGACUAGACAGGCAUUUGAGCAAUGUCCUUCUCUCAACCAAAGUUUGUAUAUGCAAACAUUAGGGUUCAUUUGUACAACUAUUGUAAUUUUGAGGGUGGCCACACAAAGUGGUAUAAACAUGUACUUGUUCUUUUCAAAAUAUAAUAAAGUAAGACCCCAGUUGAGAGGACUUUCACAAGACUAAUUCACCAGGUAGGGAGGAAGAUAUCAUUGAGGUGGGAAGCUUUUCAUCUUUGUUGCAUUAAUAAGUUUAGGAACAUAAAAGCAAAAGAAAAGCUUUCUGGCCCAUCUAGUUCUCACAGUGGCCAACCAGAUGCCUGGUGGAAACCCACAAGCAGGAUUCCAGCACAAGAGCAACUCUCCCCUCCAUGAAGUUUCAGAAGCACUGCUGCCUCAGAGUGUGGAGACGGAGUGGAGCCCUCAUGGCUAGUAGCCAUCAAUUGCCGUCUCCUCUGUGAAUUUGUCAAGUCCUAUUUUAAAGCCAUGGGACGCGGGUGGCGCUGUGGGUAAAACCUCAGCGCCUAGGACUUGCCGAUCGCAUGGUCGGCGGUUCGAAUCCCCGCGGCGGGGUGCGCUCCCGUCGUUCGGUCCCAGCACCUGCCAACCUAGCAGUUCGAAAGCACCCCCGGGUGCAAGUAGAUAAAUAGGGGCCGCUUACUAGCGGAAAGGUAAACGGCGUUUCCGUGUGCUGCGCUGGCUCGCCAGAUGCAGCUUGUCACGCUGGCCACGCGACCCGGAAGUGUCUGCGGACAGCGCUGGCUCCCGGCCUAUAGAGUGAGAUGAGCGCACAACCCUAGAGUCUGGCAAGACUGGCCCGUAUGGGCAGGGGUACCUUUACCUAUUUUAAAGCCAUCUAGGUUGGUGGCCGUCACUGCCUGUUACCACCCUGUAUGCAAGAUUUCUUAAUGCAGGCAACAGUGCCGAAUGGUUCAUAUCAGUGCAACAUAUCAUAAUGUUACUACUUCUGAAAUCUGGAAAUAUUUUAUGAGAGAUUCACCAUGUGCUUCCAUUAGAUUCCAGUUUUCAUGUUCUACAUUUCUGAGUUUGUUAGAAAUUUCCAAUAACAAAGGAUAUAAGUUUGUAAUUAUGUUUUCAUUAGUAAAACUGCCAAGAGUGGCUGGGGAAACCCAGCCAGAUGGGCAGGGUAGAAAUAAUAAAUAGUAUAGUAAGUAAGAAGAGUAGUACUGUAUAGUAAGAAUGUGAAAAAAUUUCAUGCAAUAUUCUUUGCUGAAUUUUAUUGUGUUAUUAUCUUCCUGAGUGGGUCAUGGAAACUGCUAUUCUGAAUGAUGCUUUUUGUAUAGGGCAGAGUAGAUGAAUUUAUGGAACCAAGAGGGCGGUAGCCCAGGAAACCUUGGGAACCACUGCUUUAAAAGUGUGUUUUAGUCAAUAUUUCUUUAUUCGCUGAUAUCUGGCUGUUUGACCGGCGUAGACCCUUAGGGAACAGUUUCGAAACUCCUGCCAUAGUAUUAGUACAAAAGGGAACAUCAUUCAUUUCAUAAUUGAAACCAGAAUAAAAUUACUUCUCCCCAUUAUUUUUUCUCCAAUAGGUGUCACUAGAAAUGGCACCUGGCUGGUCUUUCUUCCUGUUGCUCCAGUAGAGACGACAGCAGCUGGCAUCCUGAGUGUAGCAAUAUUAACUGUGGUUUUGGGAUCUGCUUCUUUCUUGCUGCUUGGACAUUUGUUGACGUUUCAUCUUUACCUCUGUAAGUAAAACAAUUCUGAAAAACACAGGGUAGGGGAGUGCAAAUGAAGGGCUCAGUUUAUGCAAAAGACAGGCUUUUAUCCCCAAUCUUAAUGGUGCCCUGAGUGUACACUAUUUUCUCACUAAAGGGAAUGAUGGUCAAAGAUAAUGUGAAAGCUCACUGAAUUUGCUGACACCCACCUAAGCUGCAAAGCUUUAGGGAUUUAUAGUUUUUAAAUCUUAAAAAAGCACAAACUUCCAUGUACGUAGUGAAUAAAAAGAUGAACACAUAUGAAUACAUGACUCGACAUCGACCCAGGCUGUCUACCAUUUCUCGAGAAACAAGCACAGAGGGAACAUCAGAUACAACACACACAGUGGACUCUUUACAGGUAAGAUCUUCUGUCCUCCUUAGAUUUGCCUUUCCGCAGCAUACCUGCUUCUAGUAUAUAUUCGUCUGGAAGGUCAAACGUGUAGCCCUAUUCAGGUGUUUGCCUGAAUAUGUGUGAACGAAAUGUGCGGAGGAGGCAGGUGUGUGCCUGAAAGCCCCACCUCCAACAUCUGCACAUGCCAGUUCCAUUUGAAACCUUCCCACAUUGAGAGUGAUCUGAAAGAACACACUUAGAAACCUCCCCAUGAUCAGGAACCAUAUAUUUUCAGGGUUCCCAAAUCACAAUGAGGAUUUUGAGUUCACCUGAAUGUGGUUAGAAUGCCCCUUCAGCAAGGGCGCUGACUUGGCCCCCAGAUUAUGGGUGUCCAGUGGUGCCCACGACAGAACAAGACACCCUCUAUGAGAAGCUUGGGUUCUGUUUAGGUGGAGGAGAGGGGGGUCCGAGUGCUGUGGCCUCCUCCCCAUGCUGCUGAACUCACUUGGCUGUUCCACUUGCCUUGACACUUUGCCCGCUGGGGCUCACGGCAGGCCAUGGAGCUGGCUCCUCUUGCUCAAUUUAUAGGUGGGGAAAGGGUUAACCCCUCUUUUUCCAACGCCUUGAUGCAAACGGCACCACCGCUGGGUAUGUUCAUUGCUUUGAAGCUAUGAAACAUUCAUUUCAUGGAUAUCCUGGCUGAUUUCCAGUUUGGCCUUUAAUCUUUCAGCUUUUGCCGUGUGAAUUCUAGACAACAUUUAGAACAUCUCCCCCUCUUUAAUGCGCAUUUAAACUUAAAUCCUAAAAAGUAGUAUCUAUCGAGCACAGGAGCAACCCUCUUAUAGGUUUGUGUUCACAUUCUUAGGAUGUAACUGAAGUAAGAAAACCAGACGAAGUAGCACCCUCCUCUAUAUCAGGGUAAGUAAACAGAUACAUGGCUAUCAUUUUACUGAGCCCAGUGUCCAGUGAGCAAGUGAAAAUUAUUGCAACCAGAAAGAACAAAUCGGGUUUAUUUAGGAAUUUGCCUUUCAUCAAACACCAGGUAAAGAAAACCAUAGUAAUAACUGCUGCAUACACCUGUUUUCCAUAGAAAAUAUUCUGACUCAGGCCUGAUUCAUAUGUAACACAAACCAUGAUCCUGGGCUCAGACAAAAUGCUAAGCAAACCCAGCUUAGCUUUGGGAAGAGUUAAGGCAGGAGGACUGAGGAGAAGAGAAGAGCUUUGAUUUUUCCUUUUGAGCAUCUGCACGCCUGCCCAUUCAUUCUUAGCCAUAGUUUGGCUUAGUGUUUUAUGAGAACUGGCCAGUGGGUUAUUUCUGUUCCAAUUAAAAUUCUCUCAAGCUUCAACUGCUUAGAGAGCCAGUGUGGUGUAGUGGUUAAGAGCGGUAGUCUCGUAAUCUGGUGAACCGGGUUCGCGUCUCUGCUCCUCCACAUGCAGCUGCUGGGUGACCUUGGGCCAGUCACACUUCUCUGAAGUCUCUCAGCCCCACUCACCUCACAGAGUGUUUGUUGUGGGGGAGGAAGGGAAAGGAGAAUGUUAGCCGCUUUGAGACUCCUUAAAGGGAGUGAAAGGCGGGAUAUCAAAUCCAAACUCUUAGUAGAAAACACAGCCAUUAUAUAUGAUUGACAGGUUGUGACCAUAAUGUAAGUAAUCCAUCUUGGAGUUCAUUGCUCAAAACACAAAUCAAUUAGGGGCACAUGAGAGCCAAUUUUUUUCUGGAAACAGAACAACAGAAAUAUCAAUCUGAUAGUCCUUCUACCAUCAUCAUAAGGUUGGCAUACUUUAGUUGGGAGACUAUGCACAGGAAUUAAAACAAGGCAUAAUGUGGACACACCACCAAAACGCCAAACAGCAUGGUGUACCAACCAUGUCCCCUCAUUAACCAUAUAUAGAAGAGGUCAACCCAUGCCUGGCAAUGGGCAAAUACUUCCAUGGUGAGGCAACUCCAUCACAGUCCAUAGAUAUAAGGAUGCAACAACACCAUCAACUUGUAUGGAUGCUUGAGUCUCCUUAUCCUGCACACACAGUCUGCAAAAAACAAACCUUUAGACACCCACACAGCCACAGCUCAUUUCAAAGAAGCAUGUAUGGAGAAUUCUAGGAGAAGUUUUAAGUCCUGCCGGAGAGUCAGUGUCCCUGUGGAUGGGAGGAACUUUCCACCCAGAAAAGGGAAGGCGCAGGUGAGACCAUAAUUAUAUCUUCACAGAACCACUGCAGUAGCUCAGAAUUAAACAGUGCUGAGACAGGAAGCUGGAGGAAGGGGUUUUAGGCCACACCAGGGAGAAGAUGUGAUCAUUUUUAAAAUAUCUGUUUUUCACAAGUUUUGCAUAGUUCUGGAAGUCUGCAUGCAAACCAGCUGGAAUAAUUUCAGAAGGUUGCACACGGUCUAUUGGCUUGGUUGCUGCAUAUGCUCAUAAGAUGCCAUCUCUGCCCAAAGCAUACCUGCAAGGGAAUAACUUAAGUCUUUAAUUUUGCUUUGCUCCCUAGAACUCAUGCCAAUUAACUGCACUUGAUCAGGAACAGCAUCAGGAACAGCUGGCUUCCUCAGAGACGGCCUGUGUGGCAUUUCCAGAAGAUUACUGUGUUUCAUCAAUGCGAAAUGACCAUUGUAUGCACUUGAUUCAGCAUAGCUAAAGGGAAAGGUGGAAUGCCAGUUCCUGCUCUCAGUUGGGUCAAAACUGGACACUGAAAUCACAAGAGGAGAUGUUCCCUUUCUUAUCCAAAUCAGCAUGCUUCUUUUGUCUCUGAGAAGGUGCUAUUAUGUGGAAGGCUGUGGCCAGUCAAAAGACCACAUGUAAAAAACAUGGUGGACUUGGAGGAUGCGCCAGGUCAUACUUCUAGACGAGGUCUGUGUGUACAGAACUGAUGAAAUUUUGGUCUGGAGGUUCUCCAAUCCAAGAUAAUGAAGGGCUUGAAGUGUUUUUCAUCAGCUGGCAAUGCAUUAUAUGAAGACCAGCUGAUAACAGCUAAUUAUUUGGUUAUAAGCUGCUUGGAGGAAGAGAGGGUGAGGGUAGGCAGAGGGUGGCUGGAUAGGAUUUCAGUGACAGGAAUCAUUUUGAGGCCCAUCCUGAUGACCAAUGUGUCUCCCAACUCUGUCUCUAUUUAAUGGGAACAGCAUGUGUUUCCUGAAGUUGUACUUCAAGUGUGAAUAAUCUCUGCUGAAGAGCCAGAAGAUAUCCACAAGGCAAGAGUAGCCGUUCACAGGUUCUUCCUUGCAAUGAACCAGUAAUAGCUACUGUUGUGAAUGCAUUUGAAAGUCUCUCCCUAGUAAAUGGGAAGCUAGUAAAUGGGUAGCAAAAUAUGUAGCAGAUCACAGGAUAUAGAGAAGAUAGCUUGGAGGGUAAUCAUUUGACAUUGCCAAAUAGAGUAGUAAGUCUUAGAGUCAAAAGUAUCCUCCACGUGGCAUUGGGAAGGCUCCAAUAAAUUAGACUGAUUUCCCCAAAAUGUAUUUAUAUAAAGUGUCACCACAGAAAGUCCUGCUUAUUAAUGCCAGUUGGAAAAUACUUUCCUUUUUGUCUCUACGCUGAAAACCAGUUUUUUUAAUAGAAAAUGGAUUGUGUAUUUGAUCCUUUUUAAAAAUGCUAUUUCUUAUGAAUAAAUUAUAUGAUUUUGUGGCAUUACAGGAACAUUUUAAUAAACUCCCCCAUAAAACAACACAAGAGUCUGUCUAUCCUAGUUACAUAUGUAAGAUUGGGCUUUACUUGACUAAAAAUUACAGAGGUUGAUUCUCAUUUGCACUUUACAUGGGGAGAGAUCCUUUAGAUUGGAAAGUUUUCUAGGUUUUUAAUAUGAGAGGAAAAUGUUAUUGAAUGAAAUGUACUUGUAAUGAAAUGUAAUCCUCAUUCUUUUCAUAAAAAGCAUUAAAGAUAAUAAAAUUAUUAUUUUUAAAUUGCCUUUCAAAUAUGGGGAGGAAUAUAGUCUAUGAAAUAUUGGUGGCAUAUAAAGCAAUUGUGUCAUAAAGAGCCUAACACUAGGCUGCUUCGUUGUGG